CCUGAAACUCGUCGCAUACUUUCACAAUGGGUGGUCAUCUCGAUCCUAAGAACGGAAUUUUCCUCGGCACGUGGGGUGACCUCGGCUGCCCUACUCCCCAGCGUAUCACCUCCUACUCCCUCUCUCCCAACCGUCAGCGCCCUCUCGCCGGUGCCGGUCACGCCGCUAUCUUCAACACCUUCCGCAGAUUCAGACACCAGGUCCUCUACGUCGCUCCUCCCUUCAUUGCCGCCUACGCCCUCAUGAACUGGGCUAUUGAGCGCAACGAGUACCUCAACUCCAAGCCUGGCCGCCUUCUCGAGGGUGGUGAGGAGUAAAUGUAACGUGCGAUACCAAGGGGACCACUACGGGGAAGAAAUGUAGCCCAGGAAGAAUGCAGGAAUUCGUUUGGUGAUUGCGAUGUACAGUAACUAGAAGCAAUCGGUUGUGUUGCGUGUGCCGCUUUGCC